GAAGACUCGCAGCCGGCGCGUGCAGUGAGACUCCGAGAAGAACCACUUACACGGUGAACCACACGACGGGCGCGUGUGCACAAGCACCUAGAGAUUCUGAGCUUCAGCAGUCACAGUCUGAUAGGGACAGUCAGCACAACACUGGAAAACGGCACUGCUAAUCGUUGUACUGGUCUGGUUAUUCGCUAAACGCUCAAGUGUUCGUACUUUACGGAAUGUCUUUGGGAAGUAUUGGAGAAAUGAAAGGAGCUAUUUUUGGGCAGGGGCAAAACGGUCCAGGAAAACUGCCAAGUGGAGGAGAAUCCUACGAGAUGCCUACUAUCAAAUCACUGAAGAAUAUUCCACCCCCUGAUCUUAUUGGAAAACUAAAGAAACAAGAAGACGAAAAGGGUUUUAUAAAACAUGAUGAACUACAAGAGGAAUAUUACGGUGGAGAAGAACCGCCGAAGAAGAAGAAAUCGUGGAAGCAGUACCUGGAACCCAACUGCCCCUGUUGUCCCAACAUGUCCAAGAGAUACUUGAUAGCCAUACUUAGUUUUUUUGGGUUUCUCGUUAGUUUUGGUAUCCGUUGUAACCUUGGAGUUGCUAUUGUUCAGAUGGUCAGCAACGUGACAGCAGAAGGACCCGAGUUUGACUGGUCACCUGAAACAAUUGGGGUCAUAGAUUCAUCGUUCUUUUGGGGUUACCUGAUUACUCAGAUCCCAGGGGGAUUUCUUGCGGCCAAAUAUCCCGCAAAUAGGGUAUUUGGGACAGCAAUAGCCGUGUCAUCACUUCUGAAUCUUCUGAUUCCUGGAGCAUCUACAGUUCAUCCGGCUAUGGUGAUAUUUGUCAGGAUACUACAAGGUUUAGUUGAGGGAGUGACAUAUCCAGCCUGUCACGGCAUCUGGCGGCACUGGGCUCCGCCACUUGAACGAAGUCGUCUGGCUACUUUAGCAUUUUGUGGUUCUUAUGCUGGAGCAGUGAUGGGAAUGCCUCUAUCGGGGUUGUUGACAGAUCACCUAGGAUGGCAGGCGUGUUUUUAUUUCUAUGGUGCUUGUGGAAUCAUAUGGUAUAUCUUUUGGAUGUGGCAAUCAUUUGAAAAACCUUCUAAACAUCCAACAAUUACUCAAGAGGAACUCAUCUACAUCGAACACAGUCUAGGCGAUUCUGUUGGGCAAAGUACAUUAACUUUGAAGAGUACACCGUGGAAAGCCAUAUUAACGUCGAUGCCUGUCUACGCCAUCAUAAUAGCGAACUUUGCUAGAAGCUGGAGUUUUUAUCUGCUCCUCAUCUCUCAGCCAAUGUAUUUCAAAGAGGUCUUCCACUUUAAUGUAGACAAGUCUGGAGUAUUAGGAGCACUCCCUCACCUGCUGAUGACGAUCGUUGUUCCAAUAGGUGGCCAGCUUGCAGAUCACCUCCGCCGAAGAGAAUACCUGACUACUACUUCGGUGCGAAAAAUUUUUAAUUGUGGAGGUUUUGGAUUGGAAGCUGUAUUUCUUCUUGUUGUCGGAUACACACGUAACACCACUUUAGCUCUCAUAUCUCUCAUCAUUGCAGUAGGAUUCAGUGGAUUUGCCAUAUCUGGUUUUAAUGUCAACCAUUUGGACAUUGCUCCUCGUUACGCAAGUAUUUUGAUGGGAAUGUCUAACGGGUUUGGCACUUUAUCCGGAAUGAUUUGCCCAAUAGUUGUGGAGACCCUCACCAAACAUUCGACUGCUGCUGAAUGGGAGAAGGUGUUUCUCAUUGCUAGUUUAAUCCAUUUCGCUGGGGUGACGUUUUAUGCUAUUUUCGCCUCUGGAGAAUUACAAUCGUGGGCAGAGCCACCAGUGAAGGACGAAGGUGCAUCUUGGAAUCCACUCGAAAAUGCAUUUAAAGAUGAAAAUCAAUCAAAGAAUGGUGACGUCACAGGCCCUAUAGCUAUUGCAGGUGUCAAGCAACCUUCUUAUGGCGCCACAGUCGAUAGCCAACAGCCAAUGUUCGACAUGAAAAAAGAACCAGUGCAAGCGCCCCCUACAGAUCGUUAUAUGCAUGGAAGUAUUGAGGACAGAGAGUAUUAAGGUAGUUGUUAAUAUUAGUUGUUAAAUGCCAAAGCAAUAUAAAUGUUUCAAAAUUACUAUUAUUAAUAAUAUAUUAUCAUCAAUAUAUUCCAUUUCAUUAUGAUUCUGUUUGAGAAAAUAAAAUGUUGUGAAUUGGUGAUGAUUAAUAGACUUCAAUCUAUUAUACUGAGUGUUGUGAUGAUCAGCUCUUUGUCCCUCCAUUUCUGGUCGUUGUUCGUAGAAUAAGAAGUUUUUCGUAUUUCUGAUAUAGAGGAAACAUUCUAUAUAAAAACAGCACAUAGUUAUGUUUUUUAUCAUUAUUUGUAUUAUUCAAAACUCAUCAUUAUAUAAAGAAGAUAAACGAGGUAGUUUCGUUGCCUAUUAUCCUUAAUAUUUGAUUGUCUUUAAUUCCUACAAACUAGUUCUUUCAUUACUUCAUUCUAUUUAAGAAGAGAAGAACUACGAUUACAGAAAGAAACUGAAUUUAUAAGAGGUUUUAAACUUGACGUUUACAACAAUGAAACUUUUGCAGUUAAAAAUUGAUAUAUUAUUCAAGAAAAUAUGUUUCGAUUGUAAUUGGGUCGUAGCUGUACAAUCUACUGUCCUCGAUGUACUGAAUUUAAACUAUUAUUUAUUAUUACGUUCUUUUACUUCGUAUCGCAAUCCUUUCUUUAAAGGUCACGCCUCGAAGCUAUAAAAUUUAUGUGGGUUAAUAUACACGAUGUUACAGGAAGAUUUCUAUCAAAAUGGAUAUCGUACAGAUCUCUUCCUCCCAAUUUGAUUUAACACGUUCUAAUCAAAACUACAGGGGUCUGCUAAAUGCUUGGUGAAAAGCUACAUCGUGUAUGUAAUUUGAUGCUGUGUUCAGAUUUUAAUAUACACCAAUGAGCAGGAACCAAAGUUAUGAAAAUGGUUUAUGAUUAAACGGAGUGUUUUUUUUUUCUCUGCUAUUUGAAACAAAUAUUCCUUACUCGACCAUAUUUUUGUUUUAGUAACUAAGAUUAAAAAAAGGCAAGUACGUCUUAAAAUAUAUAAAAAGUGUUUUUGUGAUAAUAUCUAGAGAGAGAGGAAGAUAUUGUUUGAUAACACGAGCACACUUAUUUUUAUUUCAUCAAAUUAAAAUUUCAAAUAUGGUCAUGAAAUAUAUAUUUAUAUAUAUACCACUACAUAUCUACUUAAAAGAGAACUAAGACAUAAAACUUAUUUGUUUAACCAACUGAGUGUAUAGUGUAAAUAUAUUUUUCGUCGAAGGAAGAUCUCAUUUUUAGUUGAUCUGGUUAUUUAAAAGCGGGAAUUUUUCUAUGUAACUGUCUCAAUCUAUGAUAAGUAAUUCCACAAUACAGAAUGUAUUUAUUUUCUCAUGUAAGAGAGACUAAGAGAACUGAAAGCACAUAUUUAUUGAAAUCUUGAUGUGUAUUCCACAAAUUAAUAAAUAUUAUUAGUACAUUUCAUUAACGUGCGGUAUCCAGAUACAAUAGAUAAACGUAAAGAUUCGUGUAAAAUCUGAGUUUGAAAGUGACAAUUGCAAGUAGGUAACCAAACUGUUUGAAUAUUAACCGUCUAAAGCACUAUUGAUUUAACCAUUUGUUUUUCAGUAAAUCCAAUUCUAUCGUGGACUCACAGUGGUAUAAACAGAAUACUAACAAUAAUUACAUGAACAACAUACAUAAAACGUUCUCACUCUCUUUAAUAACAAGAAAGUAUAUUAUUUUGGGUUUACGUAUUACAGUUGAGGCAUGAAGCGCUUUCUGUAAAAAUUCAUCGCUGAAAUUUGUCCAAGAUCUCAUCUUUAGAACAAAGUGCAAGGAGUUUCUGUCCCAUUUUAUUUGGAUAUAUUUCAGCAUAAUUGAAUUACGUGGGAUAUGUAGUAAUAGAAGGAAAUUACUGAGAUGAUUCUUUGAAUAUAUAUAUAUUUCCUUUCUGUUUUUAAAUCAGAGAAGAACAGGUUGUCACUGUUUGUGUGCAUGAUAUCCAGAAGUGAUAAACCUCGGACUUUACCAGUUUGGAAGUCAUUUCGCUACCACUUCCACGGAAUGACACGAUAACAUGAGACGUUAAAUAUCUGAUAUUACUGUGUCCAACUAAACACACCUCAAAUCCUCACACAUUAUACGAUAACGUAAAUACCUGACAAAAUUCCGGCAAAAUCCUCGUGUAAUAAUUAAAGGACAAUCAUUAGGCCUUACAAGAAGUACACUACUCUACGACAGAUACUAUACUUCAUUACUCACUGUGACAUGAUGUAAUACUUACACGACAAUUGUAAUGCAAUAAAAACGAACAUUGCUUUGUGACAUCACAUUAACACCGCGUGUACACUAUUAUAAGACAAUGAACAUUGCCCUGCGACACAUUACGUAGCUUUAGAUCUUACUAAAAUAUUAUGUUAUUUUUUACACGACAAUUCUAAGAUACUAAACGCACCAAGCAUUAUCCUGUACACCACAUCAACGUCAGGCCUCACUAAAACAUGCAUUUUUACACAAGUACACAAAGAAUAUUUAUAACAUCAUACAUAAGUUCACCUUUGAAAAGCUAAACAUUAAUUAGUAUAUACUGAUAUACGAAUUUCUUUUCGAUCCCGAGAAAUCUGUUUUUGUGGGAUUAUAAAAUUUGAAACAUGUCCUACAAUAUUUCGUAUUUUGAUAGUUCGUUUUUUCAAAAUCAUUUUCGUUGUGCAUGUAUUAAGUGACUAAGCAGUGUAUGUAAUCUAUAACAAUUUGAUAAACCCUUUCGAAAUUGAAAUAAUAUUUAUAUAAUAUUAAAAUGCAAACAAAGAGACCGUUAAAAGAAAAUCUUAAUGAAACUUUUAUGUUCCAACUACUUUUCAAAUGAACAAAAUUUCCACUUUUCUAUUCUCAAAAUAUUUAUGAUUGGCUUUUUUUUUGUAUUCUUUUGCGAGCAGCUUAGGUAAAUAGCGUGAUAAAGGUCCCCAGUAAAGUUUGUUUCACAGUAGAGCAUGCUAAAAAUAAUAAGUAGGCCACGCCUUACAUAUCCCGUUAAGAAACCCCAUGCUUAAAAGUAGCAAAUACAAAAAAAAAACCAUCAGAAUGAUUCAUAAUACUAAAAUUUUACCACGUUUGAUUUUAAAAGCAAAUUAAACUGCCUGUACUUUGAACACAGUCGAAAAUAACGUUGACAUUUGAUUAUUUAAUAUUUACAGCAGAUUGUUCAAAUAGUAAAAUUGUAGUCUUUCAGCCUGUGAAUAAUGUUAUUAUUUUGUUGUUGUAGUUGUUUAAUAUUUGAAUUGUCAAAAAUAAUUUCACAUCAAUAGUUACGACCUUAGGUGUUCUAUGUACAAUGACAAAUUAAACUUGCAUUAUAAUUAUUAUAUUUCAAUUUUGGUGAAAACAUUUUUUCUAUGACAUAUAUAUAUAUAGCGUUGUGUUUAAAACGACUGAUUUCUGUUAACCCACUCUGUAAAAUAUCAAAAUGGAUGUGUUGUGUUAGCAUUAAAUGCAA